AUGCUGCCCUGCUUCUCUAGAUCACAGGGCCACCGUGUCACGCGCGUGACACGGGCGGACCCGGCUACGUUCUUUCUCGUCUCUUGCUGGUCUUGGGUGGUUUGGUGGCAAGCAGAAUUGCUUCAGUCAGUUUCCCUUCACUUCUACCGCCAAAGCCCAGGGGACUGCCGCGUGUGUGUGUCUAUGAUUGGCAUCCAAGGCAGUCUUGGACCUGGGGCGAAGGCCUGCCUCAGCCCGCGAGCCCUUCCUGGCUUCUGCCAGCCGGACCGGCCGCCGGCCGACAGCCAGGCAGGCGCCCCCGCGCGGGCCGUGUUGGCUUUGCUUGGAUGCAAGUGCCGGCGAAGGCGUUGCAGCGGCUUCUAGGCAAAGCCGAAACGUAUGAAGUUAAUGGGGCUGCUGAACUCACUGGCGCAGCCACUGGCGCCAUGUGUGGCGCCGCUCCUCUCCCUCGGCACGACUUAGGCACUCCUUCACCAACGAGAGCGGCGGCCAGCAGCCGGAUGAAGCAGCAGCCGCCGGAGUUCGCGAGCGCGGCCCCAAGACCCAGAGUCCGACGAUGAUGAGCGCUGAGGAGCUUCAGCGCCCCGAUUACAGCUGGCCCUUUGUGGAUAUUGCGUAGAACAAAACUCUAUUUGGCUUGUGGAGGCCACACGUUGUAAGCUAUUUGGCUUGUGGAGGCCACAUGUUGUGAAUCAGAAUCAGAAACGUCGCGAAUGAGAAUCAGAAUCAUGGUGAAUCUGAAUCGGGCUACGGUAGUAAAAAGACCGCGAAUGAAGCGAAAAAAAUUGAAAGGACCGGGCCAAGAAAGUAGGCAAAAAAAAAGGCCAAAGCGAAGCCACACGCGCUGCCGGGUGCCGCAUUUCUGUAAAGGGAGGAAAAAUGCC